AGAUCGCUAACCACAGCUAUUGAAUCCAGUUUGUGUGGCUGUUUGCUUCACAGUUGCUUCCCAUAACUGUGUCGGAUUGCAGCGCAUGCUGAGGGAUCGGUUUGCUCAAAUAAUUUACCGUGCUCGUUGAGUACCAUCCUUCUCUUGUAUUCCGUGACGCCGCACAACAAAAGAAGGGAACACAGUAUUCUUCUAGUUUCCUUUCUUUUUGUUUUUUGUGUGUGUUCUUUAGAGAAAAGGGUCCCUUUUUUUCAGUGGGGCCGAACAUCAGCGUAUUUUUUUUACUCAUCUUUUAUUAUCCUCCACGUCGGUUUUAUAUUUUUUUCGACGUUCCUGCUCAUCUUUGUACAUCCCAUUUGACAUUUCAAAAGGAAUCUGCUCACUUUCACUUACAUGGCUGGCUCCACUAUUGGGGAUUAAAUUCUCGACCAAGAUGUAUGACUUCCCGGACAUACAAUUCCGACUUUCUACAGCUGUAAAACACGAAAUAGAAAGCGCUGCCGACUACUCGGUUCUGGUUCCCUUCCGGUUGCCAGGAUCCAACUAUGAAUGAUUACAUCAAUCGGGCCUACGACGAACCGAAAAUAGGAUCCCACUUUGGAGCCUAUUAUUUACUUCCGGACACUGGGGGAAUUUGAUGAUCCUGCCAAAUUUAUUGAAACCUUUGUCCAAAUUCAACCAGGAUUGUUGGGUUGUUCGGUCCACUUUCGGCUGUGAGUGCUUAUUAUGAAUUCACCUAUUGUGGACCAUCCUCGAUUGGGAGGUACACCACUUGCUAUGCUCGCCGCACAAUGUAAUAAACUCGCCAGCAAGAGUCCUCCACCACUGGCAGAUGCAGCCGUGGGGAAAGGGUUCCAUCCAUGGAAGAAAGGAGCUCAACCCACCUCAUCACCCACUUCCCACCCUCUGGCUUCUCAACGGGUAACGACGCUUACCAACAGCAGUGCACCAUCGCAUCUCAAUUACCAACGACCUACCGUCACUUCUGCAUGUAGUUCGGCUUCUUACGGAGGAGAGAACUUAUUCUAUCCCGGAGCCGCUGUGACAUCACCUCAAGGAGAAGGUGGCCAAGGAUCACUGAUAGGCAAGGUUCACGGAGAUUCCUCUCAUUUGGGUACUAUGUACUCCCGAGUAGCCUCUCACCCUUACGAGAGCUGGCCGUUCAACAUGAACGUCGCUGGCGGGCCACACGGACCCAUCAAGACAGAAGUGUCUUCUGUAAACAGCCUAAAUACUACUACAUGGUGGGACAUGCAUACAGCAUCUGGAGCCGGUUCGUGGUUGGAUAUGUCGGGGGCAGCAUCUGGUCUCCACUCUCAGCUGCCCACCAACUAUCCAACUUCGGAUUAUGGACUAGGCCCCAGCCUGGCAGCCUCUAAUACGGCUCAUCUCCUGUCGUCCGGUCAGCAUCUAUUGCCGGACUCCUACAAAUCGAUGCUUCCAACAGCUCAAGGGCCUUCCGUGGCUGGGCCUUUCGCCCUCAGUCAGCCAUCACUGCCGCACAUGUCUCCUCCACGAUCACAGCGACGCUACAGCGGCAGGGCGACUUGCGACUGCCCCAAUUGUCAGGAAGCUGAGCGACUGGGACCUGCAGGGGCCCACUUGCGAAAGAAGAACAUCCACAGUUGUCACAUUCCGGGCUGCGGCAAAGUCUACGGUAAAACGUCCCACCUGAAGGCUCACCUUCGGUGGCACACGGGCGAGAGGCCAUUCGUGUGCAACUGGCUGUUUUGCGGCAAACGUUUCACGCGGUCCGACGAACUGCAACGGCAUUUGCGAACCCAUACGGGAGAAAAACGGUUCGUCUGUCCUGUCUGUAACAAGCGAUUCAUGCGCUCCGAUCAUCUUAGCAAGCACAUUAAAACUCACAACGGAAAUGGCACGGAUAAGAAGGGAUCCACUAGUGGCAGUGAUUCCGAAAACAGUCAGUCCGAGGCUCAUAGCGUAAAUUCGCCUGUUUCAGUAGGUACACCCCCAUUGGGACCUCCCAAUGGACCUAUGGGUCCAGAAGUGACUGCUAAGUAAAUGUAAUUGUAUGAAAAUAUAAAGAAAAAAUAGCCACGAAUACACAAUGACUCCCUUAACCUUUAGAGCUUUUUUUUCCUUAUCAUUUUCUUUUGUCUUUUUUUUUGCUGCAAUGUAUAUUGUCAAAUCCUCAAUUUUGAAGUGGCCAAAAGUACGAUGAUGUCACCUCGUUGUACAUUAUGUGAUCAUCUCCAGAAAUGGCUUGCCCUUCCUAGCAAACUUUUGUUUACGGUUAUAGUAAGCUGUUUACAUUUGUGUCGAGCUAGUCUGUGUAAUAGUUUUGUUAAUGAAUAUUGAUUGCAAAGUAAUUUCCAGAGGGGAAAAAAUCUAAUGGAAGAGAUGAUAUAACUUGAACUCUUACUUUUGUUAUUGAUUCUGAAUCAAAUUGGAUUCUUAUAUUAUUUAUGAUAUGUCUGAUCAUUUUAUGAAAUUUUUUUGCCAAGAAGUGACUAAAACAAAUGAUAUAUAUUUUUUUAUUUUUCGACAAGCUUUGUUUCAAAAGACUAAGUGAUUGAUUUUAAUCCUUAUUUUCAUGUUAACUAUUUAUGCCCUACAAAAAGUAUUUAAAAAUAUUUUUUGAAUUUUUUUAUUGUUGAUUUUGAUAAUUGUUACUGAAAAAUGCAUCUUUUACAUAAUUGCCAUUAUUUAAACAAUUAAAACAGUUUUUUAAAUUUAAGAAUUCUCCAUGUUAAUCUUAUUAUAUUGCUCCCGUUGGAAUGUUCACCUUCUUCUUAUAGAUUCUAGCGGAUUAAACUGCUAGGUGGUUUUAAUUGUAAAUAACUUUAUGUUCCUUGUUAAACAGUAGCAUGUUUUAGAAAAAGUAUGAUAAACACCAAUAUAAGUGUCCACAUGAUGAUAUUUCCCUCAAAAUCUAGAUCAGUGUUCAAGGAGCCAACUUCUGGAGAUGUUCAUAGUACUUUGUAUAUUGUGUACGUAAGUUUAUGCAUGUGUGUGUAUACGUGUGAAGCUUUGAAGUCCCUGCUGUCCGAAGUAGGACCUCUUAAAUGUGUACAUGCAUGUCAUCAUGAUUUUUAAAUUUUUUUCAUCGGCAUCAACUACGGAUUUCAAGUGGAAUACUGGAGAAAAAGAUGUCACCUGACAUAAUCUUAUGUCAUCUAUGAAUUUUGUACAGAAUUGAUGAACAUUUAUCAAUGUGCACAAAACAUUAGGUGUUUAUGAAUAUUGUUCCUUUCUGGGCUGAAAUUAUUUACAUAAAAUAAACAGUCUGAAAUGAUUGUGUUUUUUCUUCUAUUAUUUAUUGAAGAAAACUGAAAUUAACUGAGAUACUGAAUUCUUGAUACAGUUUCCUUUUUAGAAAUUUGUAUGAAAACAAUUCCAGUAUUUAAAUAUUAUUCUGAAAAUUCUUAAUAAGCUCAUUUGGAAAAAAAAAAAAAAGCUUACUUACGGGUUCCUGAAGCAUUAUUUUUUAUGCAUUAUCGUAUACAUUUAAUUUCUCUUUUGUAAAUAUUCUAAAAAUUCAGGACAUCAGUCAGAUUUCUUAAGAUAUAUUUGCACAAUUUAAAUUAUUUAGAAAUAUUUAAAUCAACUAUAAUAUCGAAAUUUCAUCUACAAAAUUGCAUUUUCAAUUAUUGAAUUUGUUUUUUUAUAUGUAAUUUCUGAAAGACUUUCGAAUGUCUGUGUAAACUAAUUUGAAUUAAAUGAUUAAUUUUGAUACAAAAUUUAGAGGAUAAAAAAUUUCAAAUCAAUGCUAUAUGCAAUUAAAAUUUGAUGCAUAAAUACUCUUUAUGCCAGAAAAACGCAGCGAAAGAAAGCACACCUUUGAGACCAAAUCCAAUAUAAUACUUUGAGACGUGUACCCUCUGAGAGUGCGAAAUAGACUUGUUUUGCGAUGUGUGACUGACAAUAGAACAAAAAUGGUGUCUUUAGAGUGGUCUCAACGGUGUGUGACGAUACUAGUAGUCAUUUUUCUAAAUACAUCAUUAUUUAAGUAGUAUCGUCUGCUUUAAAGAAAUGCCAUUUGGUAAUUUUAUUGCCAGUCACACAUCCCAAACGAUUCUAAAAGUCCCGCAUUUCAGAAAGAACACGUCUUUUUUGUUCCAAAGUAUUUUUGGAAGCCAUUUUGGCCCCCAAAUAAGUAAUGGGUGCUUGGUAUGAUGUGUAGACAUAAACUAUGGAUGUAGCAAAGAUAUGAAGUGAUAAAAUAUUUUCAUUCGAAAAAAAUUUCUAAUUGCUCAUUGCGUUAAAAAAUUCCUUAUAUCAGAAUGUUUGUGAUGUUUUGUUCUGCACGACUUAAAAUUUAAUCUUAUUAAAAAUUAUUUCCUUAUUUAUAUAAAAAAAAUGAAUCCUGCAAAAUGUUAUUGAGCAAAAUGCAUUUCAUGCUGUAUAUUUCUUUAAAUAUCUGCUGAAACAAAUUAUCUGGUGUGUUUCGAAGAAGUGGAAAUUGUACAUUAACCUCUAUUAUUGUAAACUGAAGUGUUUGUUUCCAAGAAUGCUUCAAUAAUGACACUUGUAAACAAUGGAACAAGUGUAAAUUUGUGUACUGUUAAAAGUAUGAUGUGAAUAAAAAAAAGUCUGUUCCAGGA